AUGACUGGAGAGUCGGAGGAGAUCCAUGAUGUUCCUUAUUAUGAACAGACGAUAAGAGAGAUUAAGAAUGGGGAUGAGUAUGUGUGUAUGAUUUGCACCGUUGAGAUGGAUGCAGCAUGCCGCAUGUAUGCAUGUGAUAAAUGUUACAGGGUUUUUGAUUAUGACUGUGUACGAGAAUGGGCAUUGAAGUCCACUGGUAAGACUUUGGAUAAGUCCUGGAAAUGUCCGAACUGUUAUAAGGUGAACCAUAAGGUACCGCCAGCGGGCAGAAGUACGUGUUGGUGUGGCAAAGUCGUGGAACCGGAGGUGAAUGAACUAGAUCCUAACUCUUGUGGACAAACUUGUAAUGCAAAGAAGUGUAUUCACGGCUGUUCUAAAAUUUGUCAUCUCGGACCUCAUCCGGAGUGUUUGAUACCGGUCACUGUGAGUUGUAAGUGUGGGAAGCACACGAAGCAGGUUCCAUGUUCUAGUUCCCGGAAAGUAGGUAAGCAUUUCAACUGUGGUAAUGUCUGUGGGUUGUUGCUACCCUGUGGGAAGCAUACGUGUCAGAAAAAAUGUCAUACAGGGUUCUGUGGGCCGUGCGAAACGGAAAUCACCAGUGAGCUACCGUGUUAUUGUGGGUUAGAAACCAAGAAGGGUAUUAAAUGUUCCAGUAUCAAGGUUGUAGACUACUCCAAGAACUCGAAAGGUGACAAAUGGAUUGGUGUAUUUGCUUGUGACAAAGUCAGAACAUUGCAUUAUGCUUGUGGCGAGCAUUCAUACACUGAAACAUGUCAGGCCCCUGUAAGUAUAGACAAGUCAAAGCCGUGUCCUUUCUCUCCAAAGGCAUUACAUACGUGUCCUUGUGGAAGGACUGCAUUAGCGGAAUUGGAAACGCCAAGAAAGAAGUGUACUGAUCCUAUUCCAACUUGUGAAAACACAUGUGGGAAACCGUUGUCCUGUGGAAAACAUAAGUGUCCAUUUACAUGUCACACCGGCGACUGUAUGGACCCAUGUCUCAUUAUCGAAAAGAAGCCAUGCUCCUGUAGGUCGAAUAACUUCCUUGUUCCUUGCCAAUUCCAUGAAUCACCCCGUUGUAAGAUUAAAUGUGAAUCAAACAUGUCAUGUAGAAGACACAAGUGCUUCAAAAUAUGUUGUGAAGGUAAACCUGCAGCAAAAGUGCGUGAAAAAUCGCUAUUCUUGAAGAAAGAUAGGAAUGAUGAAACUUUGGUAGAACCUCAACAUAUAUGUCUAAAGCAGUGCAACAAAAAGCUAAGUUGCGGAAUUCAUGAUUGUACUUGGAAAUGCCAUCCCGGUAAAUGCCCACCUUGUUUGGAAUCGGAUUCAAAUGAUUUGGUGUGCCCCUGUGGAAAGACUUGUGUGCCUGCACCAGUCAGGUGUGGAACAAAACUACCGCCAUGCCCUCACCCAUGUGUAAAGAUAUCGCAAGGACCAGCUCCGUGUGGCCAUAGACGCGGUCCUCAUAAAUGCCACCCAUUAGAAGAAGAAUGUCCACCAUGCACUGUCCAAGUGACCAAAAAGUGUAGAUGUCACAAACAGCAAAAUGUUUUGACUCUAUGUAUGGUUUCACAGGACCAAGUCUCUUGUGGUACUGAAUGUGGUUUGCCGCUUGCCAACUGUCAUCAUAAAUGUCGAAACAAGUGCCACGUAAGCGGUCAAUGUGAUGCCAAGUGCAACCAAAUAUGCGGGUUGAGAAGAACAUCGUGUGCGCACAAGUGUAAAGAGAAAUGUCAUGGUAAACUACCUUGUCCUGAAAAAGAGUGUAAGGAAAAAGUGGCCAUAUACUGUGAUUGUAACCGUCGUACUAAAAUGGUGGAAUGUGGUGCUACGUUGAACAAUCCAAGCCGUGCUGUUACAGAAAAAUUGCCUUGUGAUGAAGAAUGUGCAAAACUCAAGAGGCAUAUGGAAUUGAUGGAAGCGUUCGGGAUGAAUGAUAAAUUGUUAACAAGUAAAGAAAAAAUGGAGUCCGUUGUCAAUGUUGCAAAAACAUUUGAUGACUUGGGUAUGCCAUAUUCUGAAAUAUGUCUAAACGUUUACAACUACCAAACAUCGUGGUGUUCUCAAAUCAUAGAAGUUUUUGACAAGUUUUUGGAUGAUAGCACGAAAAUCAGUUUACAUCUAAAACCAAUGAGAGCACCACAACGUCAAUUCGUUCACGAAUUGGCCGCUGCAUACGGUUUAUACUCUGAAAGUCAAGAUCCCGAACCAAACAGAUCUGUUUACUUGAAAAAGAUCAAAUCUCAGAGCAAAAUACCUACUAUAUCGCUAAAGGAUGCUUCAAAUGUGUAUCAGAAAUUCAAAGUUUUGCAGAAGGAACGUAAACAGGCUCAUUACGAGAGUACUGUCACUAAAACAUUAGUCAACAUUGAAGUGCAACAAACUGCCAAUGACCAAACAACUUACGAUGGUCCAAAUGCCAUUCUGAUUUCAGGAGUUGGAGAUAAAUCAAGACUAGAUACAUUAAAGCCUAUAGCCCAUGAAUAUUUGAAAUAUACUUUGGUGAAAUCGCCACAGUACAAAUACCAAAGCGAAUCCAAGUCAGUAGUCAUUUACCCAGAAGAUUUCGAAAAUAUCUCAAUGAACGCGGUCAAAGAUAUGGAAAAAGUAAUUCCAUUCAUCAAAGACUCUUUAGAGAACCAUUUGAUGGCUACAGAAGUGAGGAUGUGUAAACUUCUAAAGGAUUUGACUCUUGCAUGA